GACUGCUUGAUGGAAUUCUGCGGGAGAAGCAACCCCUCCUGGACCGAGCUCAGCAACUUCACGCACUUCUUGAACUUCCAGCUACAAAAAUGCGAGAAAUCGGUCUUCUGUGGGCCAGUGGUCAGCGAGCAGUUCCGCGGCUUCAAAACAUUCGUUGUCAAGUUCAUGAUCUCCAUGUCCAAGGACUUUGCCAUGCCUUCCCUCCAGAUGGCCGACGAAAGCGUGCCGAGCGAGGAGCAGAAGGAGAUGGACAGUGUUUUGAGACAGUACCAGCUGAGGCGCAAGUGGGAGCAGGAGUCUCACCCUUACGUAGUCUUCCACGCUGAGGAUGACUCCAUGGAGUUUUUGGGUUUCCACAUCAACCAGAACCUUGACGCGAUCGAUGCUUAUUCCCAGGUUGUUUUGGAGAAAGAGGUUAUGAGCAGGGAUUUAUACAGGAUCUUGGAGCUCCAAGGAGUUCCUUUCAAUGAGAAAUUUGAAACCUUAUCCCGAUCUGAGCAGCUGGGGGCCCUCCGCAGAGUCUUUGGUGUGAAAAGCCAGGAUGAUCCAGAUGCUUCGUACCAGCUGACGCUGGACAACACCAUGAAGAUGUUGGCUAUUCACCUGCGGUUCCAGUGUGGGAUCCCCGUGAUCAUCAUGGGUGAAACCGGUUGCGGGAAGACAAAGCUGGUGCAGUUCAUGUGCAACCUGCAAAGGGCCGGCAGGAAAGUUCAGAAUAUGCUGGUGGUGCGUGUGCAUGGGGGCACCACGUCCAAGACCAUCCAGGAGAAGGUAAGGCAGGCCGUGGAGCUGGCCCGCACCAAUGAAGAAGAGCACGACAUGGACACGGUGCUCUUCUUCGACGAAGCCAACACCUCGGAGGCCAUCUUCGCCAUCAAAGAGGUGCUGUGUGACCACAGCAUCAACGGAGAGCGCAUUUCCACUGACCGCUUAAAAGUGGUGGCCGCUUGCAACCCUUACAAAAGGCACACCAAGGACACCAUUGAGAAGCUGGAGAAAGCUGGCUUGGGGUACCGCGUCCGGAGUGAGGACACCCCGGAGAAGCUGGGUUACAUCCCUCUACGGCAGUUGGUCUAUCGGGUGCAGCCCCUUCCUCCCAGUUUGUUACCCCUGGUCUGGGAUUUUGGGGAGCUGAAUGAGAAGACGCAAAGCCUCUACAUCAAGGAGAUCGUGAAGUCGGCGGUGGAGACCCAGAUCCCUGCGGGAAACCUGGACGUCUUCACCAAUGUCAUUGCGGCCUCCCAGAAGUUCCUGAGGGAGAGGAAGGACGAGUGCAGAGUGGCCAGCCUGCGGGAUAUAGACCGCUGCAUGAAAAUAGUGCUCUGGUUUUAUGACUUGAGAGACCUCCUUUUCCAGGAGAUCGAUAAGAAGAAGCCAUGCGAGGAGGAAAAGAACCCAACCUUAAACGAAGCACAAAGGGCUUUGGCCCUUUCCAUAGGGGUCUGCUAUUACGUGUCCCUGGAGAGCCGCCAAGAGUACCUGGAGGAGGUUGCCAAAUGCUUCUCGGUCCCCGCGUGGCAGCUACAGCAAGAGAUUGAGUUGUGCCAAGAGGUCUUUCUUGAUAACGUCUCCAUUGGUAAGGCGACGGCCUGCAACAACGCUUUGAAGGAGAACAUCUUCAUGAUGGUCGUCUGCAUGGACCUCCGGGUGCCGCUUUUUCUGGUUGGGAAGCCAGGAAGCUCCAAAUCCCUCUCCAAAACCAUCGCUGUGAAUGCCAUGAAGGGCACGUUGUCCGGAAGCCCGUUGUUCAAAAGAUGCAAAGAAGUUCAGCUGCUCUCCUUCCAGUGCAGCCCCCAUUCCAAACCAGAAGGCAUCAUCUCCACUUUCAGACAAUGCGCUCAGUUCCAGAAGGGCAAGAACCUGAAUGAGUUUGCGUCGGUGGUCCUGCUGGAUGAGAUCGGUCUUGCAGAAGACUCGCCCGACAUGCCGUUGAAGACGCUGCAUCCUCUGCUGGAAGACGGCUGCGUUGAUGACGACAACCCGGAGGCCUACAAGAAAGUUGGCUUUGUGGGCAUUUCCAACUGGGCCUUGGACCCUGCCAAAAUGAACAGGGGCCUCCUCGUCUUUCGGACAGAACCUAGCGAGGAGGAGCUGGUGAAAACCGCCAAGGGCAUCUGCGCUGACCAGCCUCACCUUGAAAGAAUUGAUCAUUUGUUCCGCAUCCUGGCCAACUUCUACUGCAACGUGCUGAAAGAGCAGAAAACCGAGUUCUUCGGGCUCCGCGACUUCUACAGCUUAAUCAAAAUGAUCGUGUCCUACACGCAGGACAUGAAGUGCAGCUCUCAAGAGGAGCUCCUCGUAAAGGCCAUUCAGAGAAACUUUGGAGGCUCCAGAGAUAUCAGGCCUCUGGAAAUCUUCCGGGGCUGCACCACGGAGUUACGUCUUCCCUAUGGGGUGGAAACCAGCUGCAUCCGUCUGCUGGAGGAGAACAUGCGCAAACAGCAGGAGGGCUUCAUAUCUCGUUACCUCCUGCUGCUGACGACCAACAACGCCGCCUUUCAGAUCAUCCAGAUGGCGCGGCUUAUAGACGUCAGCAACUGUGACAUUAUAUUUGGCUCCGGUUUCCCCCGGGACCAGGAUUAUUCCCAGGUGUGCCGCUCUGUCAACAGGGUG